CACCAUCAAUCCUCUUGCCUCAUUGACGUGGAUACAGCAUACACUCACGCCAUAGCUCGUACCUCUGCCACUCCCCCUGAACAUCGGAGCCGACAUUCUAUCUAGCAGUUGCUCUCGCGAGGUCCACCAACCCCUGGGAUCCGUGCCUGUGAUCCUCACCCGAGAGCAACGCAGGACCCGAAGCAACGGAUCUUCCCACUUUGCCGCCAUCCUCCACCCAUCGCUGCUGGACAGAAGACGAGAACUCUUCGACGCCUACCACUACUUGCUCUCAUCCCCGCCCUCUUCCCACUACUUUGCUUGACCAGAUAGCUCAGCUCCCCACGAGCUGUCUCCCUCCAGCCGAGCGAGGGUCCAGACUAGAGGCUGAACCUCCCUUCGGCGAAUCGCAACAGUGCAUCUCACACAGCUGCAGUCAUGACCAAAAGCUUGAUCCAAACGGUCAGAGAUCGCUACCUCACCUCUAUCAAAUCUGUACAGCCCCCUAGUAGAUGGAAGGUCUUGGUGGUAGAUUCAUAUACACAAAAGCUCCUCAACUCGGUACUCAAGCUCAACGAUAUCUUGCAGCAGAACGUCUCUACAGUAGAGAACAUUGAGCACAAUCGGCAACCUCAGACUAGCUUCGAGGCAUGCUACCUACUCACACCGACUAGCGCAAAUGUGGACGGAAUCAUCAGGGACCUGGCGCCUGGGCAGGGAAGGCCUCAACAGUACGCUGCUGGUCACAUCUUCUUUGUAGAUGCUCUCUCGGAGCCUUUACUGCACAAGCUGACCAGCUCGCCUGCUGAGCCGUCGUUAAAGCAGCUAGUCGAGAUCUUUUCCAACUUUUGGCCACUCGAGGCUCAGACAUUCUCUCUCAAGAGUCCACAGUCUUUCAUGAACCUCUACCGGCCUAUUGGUGGCGCAUACGGUCCAGACCCUGCCGAGGCAAGGCGCGCCAUAGAGGACGACCUUUUCUUCGCGACACAGACUCUCUUCAACGUCUGCGUCACCCUCAAUGAGUUUCCCCUCAUCCGGUACUACAACCCAUCUCACCCUGCGUUAGGGCCCCUCUCUGUCGAAGGUCCAUCGCAAGGGAGCCAUCCUGGCAGUGCCAGAUUAGGUAGGCUCGGAUCUUCUUCGUCGUCUUCAGCUGGCGAGCACUUCACCAAAAAGCUGGCCAUCAGGCUACAGCAAUCCCUCGAUGACUAUCGCAGAGACAAUGAGACGAAGCCAGACGUCGGCCGGCCCCGUGGGGUCCUGUUCAUCACUGACCGUUCUAUGGACCCUCUCGCACCUCUGCUGCACGAAUUUACCUACCAGGCAAUGGCCAAUGACCUUCUGGCUAUCGAAGAUGGGCUCAAGUACCAUUACAAGUAUCAGAAUGCCGAUGGCAAAAGCGAAGAGAAAGACGCCAUCCUGAGCGACGAAGAUUCAGUCUGGGUUGCAAUUCGUCAUCUUCAUAUCGCUGAAGCCAUCGACAAGCUCUCGCGCGAUUUCCGACAUCACGCUGGCGAGGCAGGGGCGUUUGCCAGCGAGGGCUCCAGCUUGAACGACAUGCGGGACAUGCUUGCCAGUCUCCCUCACAUGCAAGAGAUGAAGGACAAAUUGAGUCUCCAUCUCACAAUGGCCCAAGAUUGCAUGUCUCGCUUCGAGAAGACGCGUUUGCCCUCGCAGGCAAUGGUGGAGCAAAAUUGUGCCACGAGACUGACGCCCGAAGGUCAGAAGCCAAGAACAUUAGUCGAGGAGAUGGUUCCUCUGCUGGACGAUCGUGCCGUCAGCAAUGCAGACAAGGUCAGGGUCAUUGCUCUGUACAUUAUGUUCUGCGAAGGAGUCAACGACGAAGACCGCAAGAGGCUCUUCCAGCAUGCUCGUUUGGGUCUCCACGAAAUGGACGCCGUCAACAAUCUGGUCCAGCUGGGCGUGCAGGUAGUCAAGGAUCCAGCUCAGUCUUCCGCUUGGGACGGCUGGCUUCGGAACAAAGGGAAGCGGAGACAGCAGCCGACCAAUGGAGAGAAUGAAUAUGAGCUGAGCCGAUAUCAGCCAUUGGUGAAGCUCAUGGUAGAGGACCAUUUCGCCGGGAAGCUCGAUCAGAGUACAUAUCCGUACGUGAAAGAUGCGCCCCCUGAAGUAGCAAGCUCUUCGCCGAGCUAUUUGCCUGGAGCACUUGCCAACACAGGCAGAGACUCCCCACUGGCACGAGUGGCAGGUGCAGCAGGGCUUUCCUCAUCCCCAGGCUCAGGAGCUUCUGCUCGUCCAUCGGGAGCUCCUUCGUCCUUGCGGAGUGCCAAACCUACGUGGCAUCAAAAACCUAGGGGCGGAGGAGCUGGCACCGGUACCGGCGGAGGAGGCAUGGGUGCAAGUCACAGCAGCUCUGAGGCCAGAUCGGGCUCCUCGUCGAUACGAGAUGAGACACGUCAGAGGGUGAUGGUCUUCGUUGCUGGAGGGAUGACAUACUCCGAGGUACGCAGCAUCUAUCAGCUCAGCGACAAGCUGCACAAAGAUGGGUACAUAGGCUCGUCACACACCUUCACCCCGGAAAGUUUCAUCAAUUCGCUCAAACAAUUCGGGAAAGCGGGCGAUACAAUUGGAGGUGCAGCAGGUGGUCAACGCAUCGGAGGGGCAAACGGCCAUGGCCAGAGUCCGGGCCACGGUCAUUUGCCACCGAACGCUAUUUCUCCUCCUCCGACUGAUGGUGGCGGGCUGAUGUCAAAGGCCCAAAGAGCCGUGCGGUCGAGCAAUAACGGCGACAGUCGCAGCAGCUCCCCACGUACGCCAGCCUACCCCUCUAGUGGCUCGACCAAUCACUCUUCGCCAGGUCCAGGGCACGACAGCUUCGGCCAAGCCCAAUCGGCUAGUUUCGAUCAGGGCCAGUACGACCGAAGAUUCCAGACUGUGUCUGGCUCUCCCUCCCCGUAUGCUGGCAGUGGUGCCUAUGGAGGUGCUCAGAAUUUACAGGCUGGUCCACAGUCACUUGGCGGGCCAGGAGAGAUGCAUCGUAGCCCAGCCACAUACUCCGGCGCCACCGGGUCUUCAAUCGCGGGUCAUUCGCUCAAGAGCGCUGCCUCGUACUCUGGAAGCGUCGGAGACGUGUCGCUCAAUUCGACGGGUAGUGCUGCGUCAGGAGACAAGAGUAAGAGAAAGAUCAAGAAUGUCUUUGGCUUCAAAAAGGGGUGAGAGAGGAGAAGAGAGUGAACAUCGUUCUGACGUGCGAGCCAGAAAGCAAGAUGAGCGAGCAGUCCUGCUGCAUUAACGAUCACUAGUGUGUAUGCCUGUAAAUGGACACUUCUUCUCUCUAUACACACGAAUCUGUUUUCCUGCGAAUGUCAUGACGUCGUAACGAUCGCCUACGCUUGCUCAAC